CUUCUCUAUUGCAAGUAAAACAUAACCUAUGUGUUUGUGAGUUAUCAACGUAGUAUAACAUGGAAAGCAUAAAUAAUGAAAACUCAAGUGAAACACAAAAUAACGAAAAGUUGAUUUACAAUGUUGACAAAGUUAACAAUGAUUGUGACGCAACGAAACACGAUUGUGACGUAAAUGAGAGGCAUUGUUGUGGUGUAGGUGAGGAUUUAAGUCUCGGUUCUAUUUUCGUGACUUCCGCUUCAAAAUAUCAACCAAUCAGCAACGACGAAGAUGAAUCUCAUAUCCAAUCAAAAUCCGUUUCGUCAGAAAAAGUUUAUUUUGAGUUGGAAAAUUAUAAACCAUUGUGGGAGAAUGUGGAAUAUCUUCAACAUGAAGAAUCUACCGUCGACUUAUUCCCAGAUUCCGAUGAAAUGUGCAGUUCACCAACAUUCUUACAAUCUAUAUCAAAUGAAACUUAUUUGAGAACUUUAGCCGGUACACUUGCAACACUGGAUAAGGAGCCAUGCGAUGAAUUGAACCCACAUACGGAUCAGCAUUCAAUCUUUAAUUUCCACAAACCUAUCCAAGAUACCGAUUAUCAACUGCAAGAAAACGAAAUCGACGAACAAACAUUCAAUUCGCAGAAACGCAAACCCCGUUUAACAAGAAAACACCGAAUGAAAUCACGAACACGAAGAAGGCAACAAAAAAUGUUGGAUUAUAAAAUGGAACCUAAGCGAGCAUCAGCCAGUGUACGUGAAAGACGGCGAAUGUUAAACAUAAAUACAGCCUUCGAAUCUUUGCGAAGUAAAGUGCCAACGUUUCCAUACGAAAAACGUUUGUCAAAGAUUGACACUCUUCGAUUAGCUAUUGCUUAUAUUGCGUUGCUUCGUGAGGUACUAGCCUCCGGAGAAAAUCCGCACGAAUUCGUGGCGUCUUGUUUAGAAGGCAGACGAGAAAUGACUGGUGCAUGGAACACAAGCGAUCUUAUAACAAGACUUUGUUGGAUAAAAUGGGAUUAAAAUGCAAGAAGCAAUUCAUCGUAAUAUCUUCCAAUUUACCGAAGAAGGGGUGGUG